AUGGCCCCAACAACAUCACCGCCACCCAUACCGGUGUUUUUGCUGAAAAGCAGGUCCUCUCCCACCGACGCCUACGAAGACCUCUUCACAGCAUCGACGGCGACGACAGAUACUAAUGAGCUUGCCCGCUUUGAGCCCACUUUUGUGCCGGUGCUUGAGCAUCGCUUCGACGACGAAGGCAUCGCGCGGUUGGCAGACCUGCUGAAGCGCCGUCAAAUCACAAAUGUCCCUCCGCAGUCGGACGGCGCCGACACCGCAAGUGGUCAUUAUGGAGGUCUAAUCUUUACGUCGCAACGCGCAGUAGAGGCAUUCAGUAAGGUGGUUUCGGACGGCGAUGGCGCAUCCGGGCAUGAAAACGGCUGGCCGCAUCUCCAAGAUGUACCCAUCUACAGUGUUGGGCCCGCAACGACGCGUGCAUUAGGUGCCGUGGUCCAACAGCUGCCCUUGCAAGUGUUCGGCGAGCACACGGGCAACGGCGAAGACCUAGCCUACUACAUACGGGGGCAUUAUGCACACUGGAAACGGUCGCAAAUACAUGGCAUGCAGGAAAAUUCGACGGCACCGCCGCCGUAUGUGCCCGCCCUGCUGUUUGUGGUCGGCGAAAAAAGGCGCGACAUCAUCCCCAGGGUGUUAAUGGGCGGUGACAAGUCAGACAGCGCUGCCCCCCGCAUCCAGGUCGACGAGAUCGUGGUUUAUGGCACGGGCGUCAUGCCGACCUUUGCAGCCGAUUUUCAACGUGUGCUCGACACGACGCAGGACCGCUCAGUGCGCUGGGUUGUUGUCUUCUCACCCACAGGCUGUGACAGCAUGUUGGCCGCCUUGGGCCUCCUUGACUCGGAAACGGGCAGAGCAAGAAAACCUGCGGACGGGACCCGCUCCGUGUUUGUGGCCACGAUCGGCCCGACCACGCGUAGCUACCUUCAAGGUACGUUUGGUUUCGAUGCGGAUGUUUGCGCGGACGAGCCUAGCCCCCAGGGUAUCCUGUAUGGCAUUCUGCAGUUUAUGGCUGCUCGGGCCGCCAAGUGA